AUAUAUACAGCUUUUGUAUGAGGUGUAUAUCCCUCAGAUGCUGUCAGCUGCCCCUCUAGAUACUUGACCCUAACAAUCCACAAUAUGCCAAUUACUUCCUUAUUCAAUACCUGCACAAAUCACUUUUCUGAUAUAGUGUGGGUUCAAAGUGCUCCAUAUGUAAUAGCAUUGUAGAAGAAGAAUUCAUAUGAAUCUGCUGUCCCCCUUCCAGCUGCAUGCUCCAGGUCCCCCCCCCCCCUCCUGCGCGGGAAGCACAAGGCCCCACCUCAGUGUGGGUGGGUGGGGGGUGGCAGGGUGCCAGUCUGCCAGUGACUGUUCCGUGUGUGUGUCCGUGAGCUCAGAGCCUCCCUGCUGUGGGGAAGCAGCAAGGAGCAGCUGGACCCCGCUACAGAUACAGGGUCACAGCAGUAUGGCAAGCACUGCCAUUGAUGGACCCAUUGGCAUCCCAUUUCCAGACCAUGGAAGUGACGUUCUAUGUGCUCUCAAUGGUCAACGGCAGAGAGGGGAACUCUGUGACGUCCUCCUCCUGUGCCAAGGCCAGGACUUCCCAGCUCAUCGCUCAGUGCUUGCUGCUUGCAGUCGCUACUUCUGUCAACUCUUUACAUCAGGUCCAGCCGUUGACCGACUGACUGUCUAUCAGCUAGACUUUGUGACUGCUGAAUCUCUGGCUGCCCUUCUGGAUUUUGCCUACACAGCUACCCUGACGCUGAGCGCAGGGAAUGUAGGAGAGAUAUUGGAUGCCUCACGUCUGCUGGAUAUUAGCUCUGUCAGGGAUGUGUGUGCUGAUCUUCUGGAUGGACCUUUCCUUGGCAAUAUGAACCCAGAAACUCUGGGGGAUCCCCAAAAUUUAGUGCGGGCACAAGAGUACCUGGAGUACUUUCAGAGCAAGGGACAUUCACAGGAGUCAGGGAGUCCGUGGACUAAUCGGUACCCUCUUGGUGAAGUGGAAACAUCACUACCCAAUGGGAAUGAUGUAUACCAUAAUUCCCUACAAGGGAAUGGGCCAGAGAGGCCACUUUUGGAUGCUUGGCAAGUAAAAGAAGAGGAACAAACUUAUGUACCUUCCCAAAAUGGUCACUACAGAGUCCACCUGGAGGAAGAGGAGGAGGAUGAUGUGGUGGAUUCAGGUGCUUCCCCUUUGUUAGAAGGAGUUGUGGGACACCCGGGUCUGGAGAUGGACAGCCUUACUGCCAGUGCUCUUCUUCAGCAAAUGAUGAGUGUGGCAAAGCGGGAGGGGGGAGGGACAGAAGAUGGGAAUGAAGAGGGACUUAUGGAUUAUUACUUGAAAUAUUUCCGCAAUGGCCCCCCUGAUGAAGAAGAAGAGGAAGGGGAAGAGGGGGCAGGGGUAUUUGUGGGUUGGAACCAAAAAGUGGAGAAAAAGAUGAGGGCCAAAGCUUUCCAAAAGUGCCCUAUCUGUGAGAAAGUCAUCCAGGGUGCGGGAAAAUUGCCACGGCACAUCCGCACCCACACUGGGGAGAAACCGUAUGAGUGUGUCAUCUGCAAAGUCCGGUUCACCAGGCAGGACAAGCUGAAGGUGCACAUGCGGAAGCACACAGGGGAGAAGCCCUACCUGUGCCAGCAGUGUGGAGCGGCCUUUGCACACAACUACGACCUGAAAAACCACACACGUGUGCACACAGGGCUGCGCCCCUACCAGUGCCAGGCCUGCCACAAAACAUUUGUGCGAUCUGACCACCUGCACCGACAUUUGAAAAAAGAUGGCUGUAAUGGAAUCCCUUCUCGUCGAGGGAGAAAACCAAGAAUUCGAGAAGGGGCUGCUCCUCUCCUUCCUCCACCUCCUCUUCACCCAUCUCCAGGGAAUGGCAAUGGGCCCGGGGAAGCCCUUCAGGAUGGUCAAGAGGUUGAUGCAAUAGAUGCCUCCUAAAUAUAAACCAAAAAUACUAGAAAUCUCUAAAUCUCUAAACCCAUAUAAAUAAAUAUAUAUAUAUAUAAAAAUAUAUAUAUAUUAUAUAUAUAUAAAAUAUCAAAGUAUAUCACGGGGGUUACUGGCCUAAUUAGCACCAUCCUCCAAAGGGGAAGGGUUGGGAGUUCUACUUAGCACAGGGGACCGAAGAGGGGGACUGUGUCCCUCUAGGGGUAAUCGGGUUGGUGGGAAAUGUUUUUUUGGGUUUGUGUGUGAGACCAGGGGACGUGUGGAGACUUUUAUGCGUGGGGGAAAUGCACUAAAACAGAGAGCAGCAAUUACACUGUAAUGUCAAAUGGAUUACACUAAAUUAAUGUAAAACACACUUCCUUUGUACACUAAUAUACAUGUGGAUUACACAUGGUUACUCAGUAAUUAAAUGUAAUAUGAUUACUUACACUUUAAAUACAACAUGGGAGAAACCUACAACAUCUGGAAAUAGCACUCAGGAGUUAGACGUUUUUGUAGUGUAAAUACAUUCUGCACCAACCAUCCAUUUGUAACAAGAAUCUUAUGAGAUGGGUGGAAUUUCUUAAAUACAUUCCUUAAAUAUGGAUACAUUAUUAAAGGGACAUACAACUCUCAAAAUUUCUUUUACACAUAUGAAAGAAUUUGUACAUGCUAUAAAAAGGUUACAGUUAAAUCUGUACAGUACAGUAUAUUUGUGUAGUAUUGGUCAAAACUCUCAUAGCUUCAUUGCUGGUCAGUAACACACGUCCCCUAGCAUAAAUAAAGAAACAUUUAUUUAUUUUUUUCUUAAAAAAAUGUAAAUGGUUCUGUUUAAUGUCCCUUCAAUAAACACAUCUUACAUUAGCCUUACUAACAGAAGAUUUAUUAUUGUUAUACAUAGCCUGCAGUUUAUAGUGUUGUACUGAUAUCCUACAGUCAGUGUAGUGACCAAUUCACACAGUGUGAGUAUGUUUUUUAGCAUUAGUUUAGUAACAUGAAUAGUGCAUUACACAUUAAUUGCAGCUAUGUGUGUUUACUGGUGUAAGUACAUAUAAACGCAUACAAACACUAUGUAGUUAUAUAUCUUCUCAUAAUACAUUUUUAGCACAGGCAUUCUACAGUAGUACUGCAGCUACAAAUAAUAAAAACACUGUAUAGUUACAAAAUUAGAUUUUUUUUUUAUCAACAGUUACCUAAAAAUGUCAGUAUUCUGCCGGGUUUUUAAUUUAUAUUAGUAUAUUAUUAGUAUAUUGGUUGGCCUUAUGCAUAAUCACUGAAUGUAUUUACUGUAUUUGCCGUCAAAGCAUUAGAUCGAAGGCUCUUCCAAGUAUCUACUACACUUUAGUAUUUUCUUUUUUUUUCUAUUCCUUUUUCUAAAUUACCUCGUUAUCAGCUAUUCACUCAUUUCAAAUCAUGGCCUCUUGUUUUAUUAUUCCUCUAUGUAUCUCUUAAAUUAAUUCACCCAUAGAGGAUAUUUACUAAUAUGUAACCCAUGAAUAUUGUAUGUUACAUUUUUAAAUGUUUAUAGAGCCUGUUAUAUAGUUAUAUUCCGCCUAUUACAAUGUAUUUCUGGACAUUAUAGAUACUAUCAAAAAUGCUGCAACUAUACAGAUUUUAAUUUCUGUAUAAUUGAGAAAAUGGAUAUUGUAGUUUGUAAAUUAUUUAAUUAAUUACAGUCAAUUAACAGUGUUUCCCAAACUGUUGCUGGCAACACUACUAUUCUUCUAAAUUGCUCCAGAUAUUUUGUAUUUUAAAGCUAAUAUUACUUUAAGUAGCCUGGAAUUAGUAAGUAAGGCUUGCCUGAUCAGGUAUGCAGAAGUAGUAUUUAAAGCAAAGUAAAAUCUUAUUUAUAAGGAUGUAAUUGGCUUUCUCUACUAAACUGCCUCUACAGUUCUAAAAACUCACAUAGUUCCUCUUCAUAUUCAUCCAAACACCUCCAUCUUUAGGGUCACUCAUUUUUUGAAUGUGCAUCACUAUAGUUACAACAUAAUAAUGAGAAGCUUUCAUGUCUACUGGAGUAUUACAAACUAGUUAUAGUGCUAAUUUGUUAUAGCAUCAUAAUAACAGUGUAAUAGCUGCUCCUCUGACCUGCAGAGUAAAGACAGUCCUGAUAUUGUGUUCCCUUUUGAUGCCUUGUCAGUGAAAUAGUAGUGAGUUGUGGUAGCUGUUAACCCUUGCAAUGCCACUGAAAAGCUGCCAGAAAAAAAAAAUGUCAUAGAAUCUCACUUGACAGUAACAUCUACCACUACCAAUAUGUUUUAGACACUUUGGAACUGUGGCUCUCAAGGGUGCCAUUUUUAAAAACAACCACAAGGCGGCGGCAUAAUUGCAUUUUUAUUAUUUUUGAAAAUCCUGUAAUGGUAAAGUUGGUAUUAUUACCAUUUAGGUCUGCAAGGGUUAACACAAUUAGCAAUAAGGGGUGGUUUGGGAAGAAGAUAUAGCACUUCUUUUUUUUUUUUUUUUUUUUUUUUUACCAGAAAAUGAAUAUUUUCUGUAAAUUAUAUAUAUAUAUAUUUUUUAACUUCUCGGCUGCAAAAUAGAGAAAUGAUCCUGUUAAUAGCAACAUGUUGCAGCUGUUAGGAGACGAUUGGCCACUGAGUACAGUGACAAUGAGUAUAAUUGGCAUCCUGCAAGAGCUGGUACUGCUACCAGAUUCAGUGCUGCACAUGAGCAAAUGUUAUGUAUGUUGCAUGUGUUUUUAGAUAAGCAUACAAUGAAUUCUAAAACCGCUCUGGCAAGUAGAUGGGAAGGUGAAAAAGCUGAAAGCUUGCACAGAAACAUUCAUCACCACCAUUCAUCUUAGAAAAGAGGGAGCGAAGCACCUUAUUAGUGAAUUAAAUUCCCUGUGAUGUUUACAUGUUUUUGGGGAAUGAGACUGUCACGUUUUUGCACAUUUGGGUCUCUGUUCUGGGAGUUAAGGAGGGUGAUGCUAAUUAGGUCAUGUGACUUCCCCAGAGCCCUCACAGCUGAUUGCACUUGUAAAGAAGCUUGAAUUUUAGACAGGAAUUUUAUUUUAUGUUUGUAAUUUUUUUCUCUCCUUUUUAAUGUUAUUUUGAUGUGUUGGUAUAACAUUGCUGGGGACACGGGAGACCCCUUCUACACUGCAAAAGACCUCCUUCCUUCACCUGCAGAUUAUUGGAAAACAAAUAGCGGUAGGUUUCCCUCCCUCAAAUUUCCAGGACAGGCCCAGACAGUGCUGGUUUCUAGCUAAUUUAAAGUGACCAGACUGCAGGCAUUUAAACCAGACUCAGAAUUAGUUUUUAUUUUUCUAACGCCUACUACUUUGCAGGUUUAUCAAGACAGGCUGAAGUAGUGCUGGUUUCUUUCAAAUAUGGCACAGUCUUCUAACUAGAUACUCAGGAGAGAAUACUGUUGCCUGACUUCAUAUUAUCGGAACAGGCUUAGCCAGGACUGGUCUCCAUGUGUUAUAGUCUGACUCAUAACUGCAGAUUAUUAGGGAAAGCACAGACCAUGUUGGGCAUGUAUAUGAUAUAGGGUGAAAUGCCGGUUAUGGGGACAGAUACUGUGUUUGAUUUCUAUCUAAUAUUGCAUGACAUCAUGUUAGCAAAACAUACUUGGCCAGCACUGGUGUCUAUUCUAGGAUGAUCAGCAAACUACAGAUUAUCGGAAAAGGUACUGAUGGUGUAGGAUUUUAUAUGCUAUAGGGUGACCUUUGAACUUGCAGAUUGUGCUGAGCUUUUAGCAACUUUAACAUGACACCUUGACGUGCUUAGACAAUGUUGGUUUUCUGUCUAAUAAAUGAUUGUAUUGUGAUUUCCAAAUAGGCCGACACAGUACUGGAUUAGUAUUUAAGGCAAUGUGACUUCCUCACUGCACAUUAACAGGACAGGCUCAGAUGGUGCUGAGUUUACAUCCUAUGUAGUGUGGUCUCAUGACUGCAGACUGUCAGGACAGGUUAACAGUGCAGGGUUCUCUGUAAUAUAGGGAGAUCUUCUGGCUGUAAAAUAAUAACUAAUGCAGCUAAUUAAAAGAACAUAAAAAACAUCAUGGAGUUUUCAGUUCUGUCCCCUUUACACUGUACAUUCCACAAUAUUAAUUACAGUAGCUGAAUGGGACACUCCAUGUCUCUAUAAAGCUGCUCAGCACUUUAAUGUCAUUGUCAGGGGGACAAGUAAUUGGAUGCUUUUUAUGAUUGACUCCUCUGUGCUCUUGCAGUAUAGGGGUUAACCCUUUGCAGUGUAAGUCCCUCUGCCCUCAUUCAUUCCAGCAGGUGGAGUGUUAGCUCUUGGGGCCAGCUAUUUUCUUGUCUACCAAUCCUGGCACUGUCAGGUAACUGCAUAUGCAAAAUCUCAUGUUCUCCUGUAAAUAAAUCAGGUCUUUGAGACUC